CGUACUCUUAUUAGUCUGUGGUAAAUAGGUUAUUUUUCUGUCAAUACAAUUUACGUGUCUUUAAUUUUAUUUGCCAUCAAAAUUUACAGUUUGACGAAUGUUCAUAUUCGAAAUACAUACGGCCGUUGGUUAUAAAUAUAAUGUCAAAUAUACGAGAUAGUGUGUCCGAAAGAAAUGUUGACAUAUGUAGGCCAUCAACUUCACAACCCGCAUCCCAGCCUUUUCGCUCGAAAAGUUCACUCAAUAACAAGGUAAAGGAAAAAGAACAUAAAGUUGCUUCCCCGUCCAAGAAAUCUGCAAAACAUACAUCGAUGUCCAGACAAAAACAGGAUGAGGCAAAAAUUGCUAGCAGGACUUUCACAAACUCAUCGAUAAACGAUCUACCGUCACAGUGCCAAAAUUUGAAUAUAAAUAGUGAAAGUGACGAUGUGGAUCAAGGAGAUACACCGGUUGUUCCUAAAAAAAAGAAUAUGAAGAAAAAAGAACGGUUAAAACAGUUGAAAUUGCAAAUGCCUCCAGCAAAUACAGUGCCACCAACGCCACCACCAACUGCACAGAGCAUGGAACACGCAAAUUAUGUAGUACAAAACCAGAUGACUUCUGUUCAAGAAUUCUUUAUGAAUCAAAUUGGUCCAUUGUAUGCAAGUACAAGUUCAAGAUAUCUUGAAAACUUAACACACCAUCCUCAAUAUCAGUACAUGCAACACAGUAUUCAGGCUAGGGAGGUCCUUCAAGCUAGGCAGCAUUUGGCUAGUGUCCCCAACUCUCCAUUUUUACAUAUGGUUCAAAGGCCAAAUUCAGCAAAUGUACCAAAUUCUUCAUUUCUUCACUCUGAACCAAAUACCCCACGAUAUCUACAAAAUGCUAUGCAACACCCAUUACUGUGCAAAUCAUUUUCAGUAGAAAGCCAUGCUCGUUUUGACCAAAGACAACAUCCUACAAAUAUUGCAAGGAACUCUUUUGGUGAUGAAGUAAAAGGUCCAGUUAAUCAAGAAAAUGGUAACAAAGCAACUAAGAAGAAGAAAAGAACCCAUGCAAAGAAUGACCAAGCUGAUGACAAGAAGUUUGAUUGUUAUUUAUCUCCUGAAGAGGUAGAAGAAGGGUUAAAGAAUAAUACUCUUAUUGAGGGUAUUGUAAGAAUAAAUCCUAAACAGUUCCAACACUCAUAUGUGUCAAGCACAGACCGCAGUGAGCAAGAUGUAUUGAUUGAUGGAAUUAAACACAGAAAUAGAGCUUUAGAAGGAGAUGUUGUUGUAGUACAAAUACUCUGCGAAAGUAAUAGCGAAGAUAAUGUUGACAAGCAAAAGAAGGGAAAAGUUGUGUACAUCAAAGAAAAAGUUCAUACUAGAACAUGUAUUGGUACUUUAAAGUUGAUGCCUGAUAAAAAUAGACAAAAGGCUUUGUUUGUGCCUCGUGAUCACAGAGUCCCCAGACUUAAUAUACCAUUCACUAGCUGGCCAGAUAACUUCUAUCAUGAUGCAAAGAGUUAUGAAAACACAUUAUUUUUGGCAAAAAUACUAGAUUGGACUGACACCAGAUUUGCAUUGGGCAAAAUAGUAUGUAAUAUAGGACAGUCUGGAAACAUGAUUACUGAGACUAAGGCUAUUCUAGUACAAACAGACUUGGAUAUAACACCAUAUGGACCAGAGUACAGAGACUUAUAUCCUCGCCUAGAUUAUGUUAUACCAGAAGAGGAAAUAACUCUGCGGGAGGACUGCCGAAAACUCUGUAUUUUUAGCAUUGACCCAUCUAAUUGUAGAGACAUUGAUGACGCAGUUUCCUGCAGGGAGCUUGAAAAUGGAAAUUAUGAAAUUGGAGUGCAUAUCUCUGAUGUUGCCCACUUUUUAACUGAAAAUACUGCCUUAGAUGAAAAAGUUGCAGAAAAAGCCACCACAAUUUACAUGGUUGAUAAAGCAUAUCAUAUGCUUCCAGAUGAACUGUGCAUGUUGUGUUCCCUAUUUCCUGGAGUUGACAAACUUGCCUUCUCCGUGUUCUGGGAAAUAACUCCAGAAGGCAAAGUAUUAUCAAACAGAUUUUCUAAGACUGUAAUCCAUUCUUGCUGCCAAUUGGCAUAUGACCAUGCACAAGCUAUACUUGAAGACAGGAAAGAUGCUGAAACAAUUUUUCCUGAAACCUACAAUGGAUAUGAAUAUAAAGAUAUUUACAAGACAAUAAAAAUAUUGGGUAAAAUUGCAGCUAUCUUUCGACAGAAUAGGUUUGACGGCGGUGCACUUCGUAUUGAUCAGCCCAAAGUAUCAUUUCACUUGAACCCUACGGAUAUGCUACCAGAAUCAUAUUGGAUUUAUGAGAGCAAAGAAAGUCACCAACUUAUUGAGGAAUUUAUGUUACUUGCAAAUAUGACAGUAGCAGGUAGAAUUCAUGAAGAUCAUCCCAAACUGGCAUUUUUACGCUGUCACCCACCUCCUAGUGCUUACAUGUUAAAACAGUUGGCAAAAUCUCUAAAACCUAUGGGUAUUGAUUUGGAUGUAUCAUCAGCAGGUGACCUGCAUAAGUCCUUAUUACCCUUUGUAGGUCCUGAAUGCACUGACAAAGGAAAAGCUAUGGUUUUAAACAUGCUAUGUGCAAAACCCAUGACAAGAGCCAAGUAUUUUUGUUCUGAUGGAUGUGAUGAUGAGGACUUUCAUCAUUAUGCUCUCAAUGUUCCUUUAUACACUCAUUUUACAAGUCCUAUCAGACGUUAUGCUGACAUAAUGGUACACAGAUUGUUGGCAGCUAGUUUGAAGUACAGAGAAAAUCCUAACUGGGAAGUAGAUAAAGUACGCAUGAUCGCAGCACAAUGCAAUAAACAGAAGUACAAUGCUAAGAAAGCUGGUGAACUAUCCACAGAAUUGUAUACAUUGAAGUACAUUGAGUUACAUUCCCCACUUGUGACAGAUGCUGUUGUAGUAGAAGUCAGAGAAAAGUACAUUGAUGUCAUUAUAGUUGCCAUGGGAUUGAACAGAAGAAUCUUCUUCAAUAAUGACUUCCCUGGUGACUACAAAUGCAUCAAAAAUGAUAAAGGUGUGAAGCUGUCUAAAAUGGAGCUAACAUGGCGUGCGACAGAUAACUUGCCUGAAGUUGCCCAGAUCAUCGAAGUGUUCUCCAUACUACAAGUCGAGAUGCACAAAGGCGAUGAUAUGGUAAAGGUGGAAACCAAACUUGUACGGCCCCAAUAGUUUUAAUUUAUUUAUAGUAAUAUAUUUAGAAAUAGUGACACACUAUCAAAUAUGCACUGAACUUUAUUUUUCCACAUGAUCUAUAAUGUAGGUACAUUCAUUUUAUGAAUUAUUUAAAAUUGUGAUAGUAAAAAUGGUAAAUAUUUUGUAAAUCUGUACAAAAAUGCGAUUUUAAUUUUAAUCGACAUAUAUUGAAGACUCAUAAGUCUUGUCAAUACAAAUAGGUGACUAUGCUGAGUGCAUGCUGCCGGUCAAUUAUAUUUCAACAUGCUUAAGUUUCAAAACUUUUGUCUGAACAUGAUUAAUUUUAAAUAAAUUAAAUUAAUUUAAUGGUUUGAUUAUAUAAUUGACCUAUUUAUUAAUAUUUUAUUGUCUAGAAUGACGUAACUUGCCGAAGAUGCAUUUUUAAUAUUUUAUCAUGGAAUAUUCUUCAUUUUUUAAAUAUAAUGGUGUAUAUUGAGUUGCAUUCAAUAAUGUGAAUAUAUUGUUUUUAUUUAAUGUAAUGUUAAUGUGGCUGACAUCUUUGUGACUUAGUACAAGUAGCUGUUUAAUUUAGUUUAAGGUCAAACGCUCAAUCAGCAUGUUAACGAUCGCCAAUGGCGGUAAAUAUAAUAAUAAUGAUUAAAAGCA